CGCGUUUUGUCCAUAAGAGGGAGUCACGUUUCUUAAAUGAACCGCUCCCGCCGCGCACUUCCACAACGCAUCCACAGCGCACAUUGACCGGAGCGAGAGUGGGGGGUAAUAUUUCACGACUAAGAUCAUAUUCUCCCACAGUGGCUGUGGAAAGUCAUAUCAGCGUUGGGAUCUUCGCUCGCUCCGCCACUUCGUCCCUCCAGCCUUCGCCCUCAACGUCGUCUCCUUCCUUUUUUACGCAGCUGAAGAACAAGAGAGGGUUCAUCAACACCAGGAAGCUCGUGUCUUUUCCAAACUUGGAUUAAUACACAGCUGGCGUCGAGAUAUUUACAUAUCUAGCGUGCGUUUAUUUCCUUUUGUUUUGUGUCACGCGGGGGAAACUUUUUUUUCCCCUCUCUCUCUGUCGCGAUGUUGUGGAAAUUAGCCGACAACGUGAAAUAUGAAGAUGACUGUGAGGAAAGACACGAUGGCAACAGCAAUGGGAACCCGCGGCUGCCUCACCUGCCAGCGGUCAGUCAGCACCUCUACAGUCCGUCUCCAGCCCUCUCACACUCGGCCAGUUCUGACUUCCAGCCCCCGUACUUCCCCCCUCCCUACCAGCCCAUCACAUACCCACAGUCCAGUGACCCGUACUCGCACCUCGGCGACCCUUUCAACAUCAACUCCAUAAACCAGUCGCCGUCGUCGAACCAGCAGCAGCCGUGGCCCGGCCGCCAGGGCCAGGAGGCGCUCGGCGCGCACGCCAGGAGCGGACUCGCGAGUCAGAUCCUGGGCCUGGAUGGAGGCUCGCCCGGGCUGAGGAGGGAAGGGUUCCGCCGGCCGGAACUGCUGCCCCCGCACGCGCACAGCCUGGACUCGUCGGUUGUUGACAUGGGGAUGCACGACAUGGGCCACGGCAUGGAUGACGUGCAACAUGUAGAUGACCACAGUAUUAUGAUGGCCGAUCAGACAGUCAUCAAAAAAGUAUUAGGACUACGAGGUGGCAGGAACCUUGAUCGCUUACAGAGGACUUAUUAUCAGGGGGGCAUUCUUGCGGGUCCUGUCACUCUACCCAAAGGCAAUGCGCUGGGUCUUCCCUUCCAGAAAGAGUCCCUGCUGGGCAUGGUGUCAAAUCCCACAGAGGUGUUCUGCUCUGUACCGGGCCGCCUCUCCUUGCUGAGCUCCACUUCCAAAUACAAGGUCACAGUGGCUGAGGUCCAGAGACGCCUCUCACCCCCGGAGUGUCUCAACGCAUCGCUGCUGGGAGGAGUUUUACGCAGAGCCAAGUCAAAAAACGGAGGCCGUUCUCUGAGAGAAAAACUGGAUAAAAUUGGGCUCAACCUACCAGCAGGAAGGAGGAAGGCAGCCAACGUCACUCUACUUACCUCACUAGUAGAAGGUGAAGCUGUUCAUUUAGCGAGAGACUUUGGUUACGUGUGUGAGACGGAGUUCCCUGCAAAGGCCGUUGCUGAAUACCUCGGCAGGCCACAUGUAGAACGCAACGAGAUCAACUCUCGCAAGAACAUGCUCCUCGCUGCAAAGCAAAUCUGCAAGGAGUUCACUGACCUGCUCACUCAGGACCGAUCGCCUCUGGGAAACUCACGGCCGGCACCCAUCCUGGAGCCGGGAAUCCAAGGCUGCCUGACCCACUUCAGCCUCAUCACUCAUGGCUUUGGCUCACCAGCCAUCUGUGCAGCCAUGACCUCACUUCAAAACUACCUAAACGAGGCACUCAAACAAGUGGACAAGAUGUACCUGAGCUCUGGUAGCGACACCCAGGGAUCCUCAGACAGUGGAAGCAAAGCUACCGACAAAAUGGACAAGCACAGGAAAUGAGAGCUCAAAGGAGAAUCCCUACGAACCUGAGACCCCCCAAUCCCUUACUCAAGCUGACCUGUCUGCCCUUUUUGGACUCUUAUUUUAUUUUUUUUUAAAUCACAAUUGAGUAUUGUCAUGUCGAGAGCUGACUUUGUGUGUGACUGUGUAUGCAUGUUCUGUACGCUCUCACUGUUAAAGUCAUAUAUCUUUUAGAAGUGGAGGUUUGCUAAAAAAAAACUUGUCCCAGCUGGCUGCAAAUCAGUCUGUUUUGGCAUCGAUGGUAAAUGCCCAUGAACUGAUCCCGAUGGGAGCAUCUCCUGUGAAGACGUAAUACAGACCAUAUCAUAGCAAUCACUGUACAGUCCUACACAGUUGCCAAUGUGCCAAUGCUACAACCAUGGGACCUGCACUCUGUUGACAAAAAGAGGAAAAAGAACAAAGUGCAUACUGUUUUUUUUUUUCUCUCCCUUGAGGACAUCAUUUCAAGAUGAGUUGCUGUGGCUGUGAAUUCCUCUUAGCUUCCCUCCUUAUGCUCCGUCUGGAGGCAAAUCCACUGAUUUCCUGUGUCUCAAUGGACUUGCAAAGGACAAUUUCAUAUGAGAGAAAGAGGGAGAAGACGAUCCCCUUCAUUUUUCUUUACUUUUUACUUUUUUUUUAUGCUUGAUUUGUACAAUGACUUCAAAAUGGCUCCAGUGUUAUUGUGCUUUGUUUCACGAGCGAUGAUUUGAAUCUUAUGUAAGCCUGAAAGAGAAAAGACGAGUUUUUGGUUUGUCAGUCUGUGUUUGGUCAGAAACCAGGGACUUCAAAGUCUUUGUAAAAAGAAGCCUCUUCAGUGUUCAUGUGGAUUACAGGCAUAGCAGUGCAUCCGUUGUUACUCUUAUCUUUUAACCUGGCGGUAAGAACGUGUGACACAUUUUUUUGUGUGUGUCAUCAUCCUUAGUAUUUAAAAUCCUUAAGUUAACACCAACCUACCAGAUCAGUCCUGCCAGCGUGUAUGCAUGUUGUGAGAAUGUGUGUAAAUGUACAUAUUUCUUUCUU